AGAAUUUGUAAAAAAGGCGAUAAUCGUUCCAACGAGGUGUUGAUAUUGACAAAAGCUGGCUUACCAUUAAACCAGCUCACUAACGCACUCUCAAAGAUAAUUACGAGCCUUGCAAAGCAGAAAGAGUGCAAAUACUUAAACGCCGAAAGCAUAUUAGCCAUAAUUGGCCAACGUACUUAAAGGAGUCAAAUAGUCGAGAGCAAAUAGCGACUUAUUAUAUUAAAUAACUAAAGCAAUUUUUAGAGAAUAAACUACGAGUGAUUAUACUGGUUGUCGCACUCUAGAUAUUAGUGAAUACUAAGCAAAAAAAAAAAUACACAAACGAUAAGAGAAUAAAUCAAUUACAACAACAACAGCUAAACGCAUUGCCAGCAGCGCCUACAUCCUCAAAGGAUCAAUCUUUUGUCCAGUGCCAAUGCACAAGAUGGCAGCACCGACAGGAGCAGCGCCGACGGCGGCACUUGAGGCCCCACUAUCCGCACCGAAAUAUGGUACGCUUAUACAAAGAAUUUUCGUCGGCGGCAUAAGUGGCGACACAACAGAGUCGGUAUGCCGCGUUUUUUCUGCCUAUGGCAAUGUCAAGUCUACCAAGAUUAUAGUCGAUCGUGCUGGAGUUAGCAAGGGUUAUGGUUUCGUCACUUUCGAGACAGAACAGGAGGCACAAAGGCUGCAGACGGAUGCAUAUUCAUGAUGAAAAUAAAAAAAGGCGGUACAUCUUUUGCGUUCGAUUGUGCUGAACUAGCCCAAUUGUGUAAAUUGUGCAAAUGCAUUUGAUGUUUGUGCACUGAUUGUGUGCAAGGUAAUCGCGAAAUGAAACGGAAAGUUUAUUUAUAAAGCAAAAAAACAAAAAAAAGAAAGCCGAAUGCCGUUGAAUGCAUCCCUUCGAACAAGUUUGCUUGCUUCGAUGUGUGUCUAGCGAAUGUUAUAUAUAAAGCGUUAAGCAGCUGCUUAGCCGUUAAGCAAAGCAUUUAAAAAACUGCUGAGAAACGAACGAAAAACGAACGGUUCAUAAGCAGCAAACUAUGCAAACAGUACGAAAUGCAAGGGAAAUAGAUUGCUGCUGCUGCUGCUGCUGCCGCCGCGGUUCUUUUGGCGAUCGUAACGUUCGUGCCUCUGAAGGCGUAUUUCGACUGUUGUUACAACGUGUGACCGAUUUUUGACCAACCAACCAAACUCACUUAUGCACAAACACACGCGCACACAUAUACGUAACUGUAAUGUGUAAAGAUUCUCGAUAUUUACAACAGCAUUCUACUGCUAGCGCCAUUACUACCUACUACUACUACUACCACCACUGCUGUUUAUUUAAAAUAAUUAAAUAAACAAAAAAUUCGACUACUGCUUCUACACUUCUAAGAACUUCUGUGUUCGUUCAAUGAUCAGGGAAGCGAAAAUAAAACUAGCUAAUUCUGUUUGUUGAGUUUGUUUUGAAAUUGACUU